CUUUUUUUUCUUGUAAUAAAAUUUAUAUAUAAAUAAGAAGGUUCUUCUCUCCAACAAUUGUCCUCUUUUUUUAUGGACCUUAUAGCGAGCUGAGUUUUGUUGAUCUUGCCCUAUCUUGAUCAACAUGUCGCGGACUUGGGGCUGAACGAUGCACCUCCUCCCAAAAACGCAUUUUUUACCAAACAUGACCGCAACGAGUCGAUUGACGGACGAUUGUCUCGAGCUCAUUUUCUUCUGGUGCGGCUCGUGUCCUAUCGUGCUGUGCACUUUGGCCAAAGUAUGCAAACGAUGGCAUGCCAUUGCACGACGACCCGUCAUGUGGAGACGAUUGACCUUGGAUAAACCCGUCCUGUUUAGUGCAUACAAACGGCUACUCGUGUCGCCAAGCCUACAACCACAGCUCGAAUCAGUACGUCAUUUGAAUGUCGCCAAACCCUACGAAACCCUACGGCACAGCCACUUGUCACCACUACCGUUGUCGACCGGUUUGCGUAACGUGCGCGCAUUGUCCACCAAGCACUUGUGCCUGGGCGAAAUCCACACUCUAACCAAACAGCUACCCUUGCUGCAUACACUCGACAGCGAUCGCGUGGAGACGUGGUGCGCCAUACAGCCAUUGGAUGUGACCGAUUUGUUGCUCACUCAUCCUUUACAACACGUCAACAUUUGCUUUGGCCAUGUGUCUGGGUUCAUCACCAUCGUGGCCAAACCGUUGCCAUUCGCGGUGGCGUCUGUGCAAACGCUCAGCAUUGUCAACAUGCGCGAUGCUGAUUAUUUCCACUUUUUGACGCUCGUCACCGAAAUUGCAUUGUUAGAACAAGAAGCACAGGAGCAGGUUUAUUAUGGGCAAGGACUGCUAGAUGAUGAAGAAGGUGGCGCGGUGACGUUAGAGCACAUGAUCGUGUCGCGUUGGAAAGCAUUAGAAUCAAAACAGGCAGAUAAAUACGCGUGGAUCGCUCAAUUACCAAACUUGCGGCACUUGAAGUUUGGGUUUUGCUAUGCUUGGCCGGCAGCUGUGUGGCGAGGAGCAGUUUUGCCGCAAUGUCCAAAGCUCGAAUCGUUGACACUUUAUGGCUGGACGCGUCUAAAUCCACCGAAACAAGAAUCACAACAACAACUACAACAACAGCAGCAGAAUCAAUGGUUAUCCAUUCAAGAGGAUGCGGAGCAGGCCAUCGUGGCAUGUUUUGCUGCUAUGGGCGAAUCAUUGAAAACAUUGACCUUGGAUGACUUUUGGGUAUCGGGUAGGAUGAAACUUGCUACAAGAAAAAGGGCACAUGUCAUCCUACGGAACUCGUCAGAAUUGUUGCGGGACGGAGGGCGUCGUGCAGAGCGGAUCUUGAAUGAUAUGCAUGAUUUUAUCGUCGUGAACCAACCUCGGCAUGACAUAACUGUACAUCUGGAUGCAGGCUGGAAGACACUUGACCAACAAUGGCUAGAUCAACGAGAAUAAAAAAAAAACAUUAUCCUCUCUUUAUGCG